UGCGGGGCCGCCGCUGCCUCUGAGCCGGGCGCACGGAGCGCGCUGCGUCGCAGCGGCCCAGCCAAGCCAUGGGGAAGGAGCAGGAGCUCGUGCAGGCUGUGAAGGCGGAGGACGUGGGGACCGCGCAGAGGCUGCUGCAGAGGCCGCGGCCGGGAAAGGCCAAGCUCCUGGGCUCCACCAAGAAAAUCAAUGUCAACUUUCAGGACCCAGAUGGCUUCUCAGCUCUACACCAUGCGGCCCUGAAUGGCAACACGGAAUUGAUCUCCCUGCUGCUGGAGGCUCAGGCUGCUGUGGACAUCAAGGACAACAAAGGCAUGCGGCCUUUGCACUAUGCGGCUUGGCAGGGCCGGAAGGAGCCCAUGAAGCUAGUGCUGAAGGCUGGCUCAGCAGUGAAUGUCCCAUCUGACGAGGGCCACAUCCCUUUGCACCUGGCAGCCCAGCAUGGUCACUAUGAUGUGUCUGAGAUGCUACUGCAGCACCAGUCCAACCCAUGCAUGGUGGACAACUCGGGGAAGACACCUCUGGACCUGGCCUGUGAGUUUGGCCGAGUUGGGGUGGUCCAGCUACUCCUGAGCAGCAAUAUGUGUGCAGCUUUGCUGGAGCCCCGGCCGGGUGAUACCACUGACCCCAAUGGCACCAGCCCCCUACACCUGGCAGCCAAGAAUGGCCACAUCGACAUCAUCAGACUCCUCCUCCAAGCUGGCAUCGAUAUUAACCGCCAGACCAAGUCUGGCACAGCCCUGCAUGAGGCAGCACUCUGUGGGAAGACAGAAGUGGUUCGGCUGUUGUUGGAUAGCGGGAUCAAUGCCCAGGUGAGGAACACCUACAGCCAGACGGCAUUGGAUAUCGUGCACCAGUUCACCACAUCACAGGCCAGCAAGGAGAUCAAGCAGCUGCUACGAGAGGCCUCAGCGGCCCUGCAGGUCCGUGCAACCAAGGAUUAUUGCAACAAUUACGACCUGACGAGCCUCAACGUGAAGGCCGGGGACAUCAUCACAGUCCUGGAACAACAUCCAGAUGGCAGGUGGAAGGGCUGUAUCCAUGACAACCGGACAGGCAAUGACCGGGUGGGCUAUUUCCCAUCCUCCCUGGGUGAGGCCAUCGUCAAGAGAGCAGGUUCCCGGGUAGGCAGUGAGCCAAGCGCAGCCCAGGUAGGAAGCUCAUCGGGCUCCUCUGUGCCCUCUGAGGAGAUCUGGGUGCUGAGGAAGCCUUUUGCAGGUGGAGAUCGCAGUGGCAGCGUGAGCAGUGUGGCUGGUGGCAGAAGUGGUGGGGGCCACACCCUACAUGCAGGCUCCGAAGGGGUCAAGCUCCUGGCAACCGUGCUUUCCCAGAAGUCUGUCUCUGAAUCCAGCCCAGGGGACAGCCCUGUCAAGCCUCCAGAGGGCACCACAGGUGCAGCCCGGCCGCAGCCUCCAGUAGCCCACACUGGGCAGGUCUAUGUGGAGCAGCCUCCCAAGAAGCUGGAGCCAGCAUCAGAGGGCAAGAGUGCUGAGGCAGUCAGCCAGUGGCUUGCCACGUUCCAGCUGCAGCUCUAUGCUCCCAACUUCACCAGUGCUGGCUACGACCUGCCCACCAUCAGCCGUAUGACCCCCGAGGACCUCACGGCCAUAGGUGUCACCAAGCCAGGCCAUCGGAAGAAGAUCACAGCAGAGAUCAGCGGCCUGAACAUCCCUGACUGGCUGCCUGAACACAAACCUGCUAACCUGGCUGUGUGGCUGUCCAUGAUCGGGCUGGCACAAUACUACAAGGUGCUGGUGGACAACGGCUAUGAGAACAUUGAUUUCAUCACAGACAUCACCUGGGAAGAUCUGCAGGAGAUCGGCAUCACUAAACUGGGCCACCAAAAGAAGCUGAUGCUGGCAGUGAGGAAGCUAGCAGAGCUCCAGAAGGCAGAAUAUGCCAAGUACGAGGGGGGACCCCUGCGUCGGAAGGCACCUCAGUCACUUGAAAUGAUGGCCAUUGAGUCACCACCCCCACCUGAGCCUGCUCCCGCUGACUGCCAGUCCCCUAAGAUGACCACCUUCCAGGACAGUGAGCUCAGUGGUGAGCUGCAGGCUGCCAUGACCGGCCCAGCUGAAGGGGGCACUGCUGAGAAGCCGUCCAACCACCUGCCGCCCACUCCAAGGGCCACCAUGCGGCAGGAGCCCAGCCUGGGUGGACGGGCUCGGCAUAUGAGUAGUUCUCAGGAGCUGCUAGGGGAAGGGCCCGCUGGGCCCAGCAGUCCCAUGUCACGAAGCCAGGAAUACCUGUUGGAUGAGGGGCAGGUCUCUGGUACCCCACCUAAGGAGGUCCGGCCAGGCCGCCAUGGCCACGGUGUCAAGAGGGCCAGUGUGCCCCUGGUGCCUGGCAAGCCACGGCAGGUCCUUCCACCAGGUGGCAGCCAUUUCACACCCCCUCAGACGCCCACCAAAGCUCGGCCAGGCUCCCCUCAAGCCCUCACAGGACCUCAUGGUCCAGCCCCAGUCACAGCCAAGGUAAAGCCCACCCCACAACUGCUGCCACCAACAGAGCGACCCAUGUCACCCCGUUCCCUGCCACAGUCACCCACACACCGUGGCUUUGCCUACGUCCUGCCCCAGCCUGUGGAAGGUGACACAGGGCCAGCCACACCAGGGCCUGUUCCUCAAACCAUGCCUGCAGCUGUGCCCACCCUGUGCCUGCCCUCUGAGGCUGAGGCAGAGCCUGGGAGGCCCAAGAAGCGUGCUCACAGCCUGAACCGCUAUGCAGCAUCUGACAGUGAGCCAGAGCGGGAUGAGCUGCUGGUUCCUGCUGCUGCAGGACCCUAUGCCACAGUCCAGCGGCGUGUGGGCCGCAGCCACUCGGUGAGGGCACCUGCUGGCACUGACAAGAACGUAAACCGCAGCCAGUCCUUUGCAGUUCGGCCCCGCAAGAAGGGUCCCCCACCACCCCCACCCAAGCGCUCCAGCUCAGCCAUGGCCAGUGCUAACCUGGCUGAUGAGCCAGCUCCAGAUGCUGAAACUGAGGACGACCGGCUAGGGGUCCGGGCACAGCGCCGGCGGGCUAGUGACCUGGCUGGUAGUGUGGACACAGGCAGUGCUGGCAGUGUGAAGAGCAUCGCGGCCAUGCUUGAGCUGUCUUCCAUUGGGGGUGGUGGCCGGGCUGCCCGUAGGCCUCCUGAGGGCCACCCCACACCUCAUCCUGCCAGUCCAGAGCCAGGCCGGGUGGCCACGGUGUUAGCCUCAGUGAAACACAAGGAGGCCAUUGGGCCUGAUGGCGAGGUGGUGAACCGGCGCCGCACACUCAGUGGGCCUGUCACUGGACUUCUGGCCACUGCCCGCCAGGGGCCGGGGGAGCCAACAGAUCAAGGCCACUUUGUGGAAGAUGGUAAGGCCCGGCAGCGGCCUCAGGGUCCAGGCAAGGGAGAGGCAAGUGUUGAUGGCCCACCCCUGGCCAGGGUGGAGGCCAGUGCCACACUAAAGAGGCGCAUCCGAGCCAAGCAGAACCAGCAGGAAAAUGUCAAGUUCAUCCUGACUGAGUCUGACACAGUCAAGCGUCGCCCUAAGGCCAAGGAGCGGGAGGCUGGUUCUGAGCCCCUCCCAUCACUGUCUGUGUAUCAGAACGGCACAGCCACAGUUCGACGCCGCCCAGCUUCAGAACAAGCUGGACCCCCAGAGCUGCCUCCUCCGCCUCCACCUGCUGAGCCCCCACCCACUGACCUGGCACACCUGCCCCCACUGCCCCUGCCAGAAGGUGAUGCCCGAAAGCCAGCAAAGCCGCCCGUCUCCCCUAAGCCUGUCCUGACUCAGCCUGUGCCCAAGAUUCAGGGCUCACCCACGCCCUCUUCCAAGAAGGUGCCCCUGCCUGGUCCGGGCAGCCCAGAAGUGAAACGCGCACACGGUACGCCACCUCCCGUGUCUCCCAAGCCACCACCGCCCCCCACGGCACCUAAACCAGCCAAGGCUACGGCAGGGCUGCAGUCAGGUAGCACCACCCCGUCGCCCACGCCCUCGCCAGCGCGCCAGCCACCCGCUGCCCUGGCCAAGCCGGCCAGCACGCCACCCUCACUGAGCGCCAGCCCCGCCAAGCCUCCAUCCCCUGGCGCGCCUGCGCUGCAGGUGCCUGCCAAGCCCCCGCGUGCCGCUGCUGCUGUCGCUGCUGCUGGGGCUCCCGCAGUGCUGGACGGCGCCUCGCCCGGGGACAGCGCGCGGCAGAAGCUGGAGGAGACCAGUGCUUGCUUGGCCGCUGCGCUGCAAGCGGUGGAGGAGAAGAUCCGGCAGGAGGAUGGACAGGGCUCACGCCCCUCUGCGGCCACGGAGAAGAGCACUGGCAGCAUCCUAGAUGACAUCGGCAGCAUGUUCGACGACCUGGCCGACCAGUUGGACGCCAUGCUGGAGUGAGGUGGCCAUCCUCGUCUGACCCGCUGCCCCCGGGCUCCAGCCUGCACACUGACCUUUACCUCAGGACGGAACCCUCCGGGCGCGGGCGGGCAGGGUUGCCCAACCCUCGGCACAAGCACAACUCUCGUCCUGGCCCCGACUGGUGCCCGCCUGCAAGACCGCCUGGCCAGGGGCUCCAAGGGCUCUGGGUGGACACGCUGCCCUGUGGUGCCCAGCCCUGUCUGCUGCUCCCUGUGCAAUAACUGCUGGGCCACAGCCAGCACCUCCGAGUGAGUGGAGGGCUGCCCCUCCCUGGUCCAUGUAGGUGAGGUGGGGCAGCUGCUGUCACCCCCACCCCAAUCUGUGGCAGAGCACAGGCCUAUGCCCAGCACAGAACUGCCCAUUGGGGAACCUCUGCCAGCCGCUCUGGCGCAGCACAAGGGACAGGGGGCCAAGGUUGGCUGCCUCACUGCACCCCAAGAAUAUAAGCUAUCAAAAGUAUUAAUUUAUUGGGAAUGAGCUAAGGCAGAUUUCCCCAGAGAAACAAAAAGGUAUAACUUUAACAAAUAUAUAUUUAAAGAAAGAAGAAAUAUUAUUGAUUAUAUUAGAAAACCAUUUACCAACUGAAAGGACACUGGAGCCCAGCUUGAGACUAAAGCUGUCAGGGACCCAGGCCAUCUAGCUGUGUGUCCUUCCCUCCCUAUAUCUAGGAGUGGCCAUACCCUGGCCAUGAACACACAUAGGAGAUGGGAGGGGCUUUGCCCAGGGUCUCUCCCCUGCUCCCCUCUUGUAACUUCUCUGCAUUGGAAGAACUUGAAGGAUGUGCCUUGCUGGCUGACGGGCUGUGUCCUCUGCCCCUGAUUAUGGGGAAGGCUUCUUCCUCUUGGGCUGGCCAUGCCCUGGGGUUGCUGGUAGGAGUGCCCUGGGGUAGCAUGUGAUCGCGGGCAUGUCAGCCAAGUGACAGCAGUAUGGGUGCAGGGGUAUGCAUGCCAGGCUGUGGGUAGAUGUGAGUGUGAGGGCAUCUGACUCCCUUCCCAGGGCCUCAUUCAGUUCCUAUGGAUGCUUCUGCUCAUGGUCCAGGCUGUGUUGUGUGGUCAUUUUCGUCCUCUCUCCUCCUCUUUCCUCCCUCUAAAAAGUACUGACUGGUCUCCUCUAUCGUGUUUGCUGAUCCACAAGUGUUGGGCACAACUUUGACAUUUCUUAAAAAAAAAAUUUAAAAACCGCUGAAAACCAGCAAUUGUGCUGCAGGCUGGUGGAGGGGGCCAGGUAGGGUGACGUCUGGGCACGGGUCCUCUUCCAACUGUCACACCUGGGGCUUCCUGGUGAGUUGACCAGUCAGCCAUCAGUGGGCAGCCCAGGCUGGGGCACUGGCAGGUGGGGACGGGGGGUUGUCUGGGCAGGGAGCUGAUGUCAGCUGGCUGUCAAUAAACAGCAGAAAUCGGA